AUGAACGAUUCUACCGCACAUGCAUCACAUCACCACCGUACAAUGUCCAAGUUUUUAAAACUAGCGCACAAGUUCAACAGCUUUUACUUGAACGGAUUACAGAAAAAAGAAUGCCGCGCAUUCAUCGUGGACGGCAUUCAAGUCGGGUUGGUCCAGGCUACCGUUACAAUAGAAUUAAGCCGCUAUCCGAAUGUGUUUAUUGUCAACCCGAAUAGUGUCACGCUGAACCCAGCAUUCAGGGAUUACGAUGAACGUUCUGCAAACAUAGAGUCUGUACUUAAAGAAAUGAAAGAAAAAAAGUUGUUUGUAACGCUGAAAGGGUGGAGGGAUGAGUGUUAUGAAGUACGGACAAUGUUUGCUGAUCAACCGUUGCUAAAAAUGGAUCGGUCUGCUACUUGUUUAUUUGGUAUUUGUAAUUAUGGUGUCGACAUAAAUGGUUAUGUGAACCAUCCACAGAAAGGAUUAUGUAUUUGGCUUCAACAGAGGUCAUUGACUAAACAGACAUGGCCUGGAAAAUGGGAUAACAUGGUUGCUGGAGGUUUAUCGGUUGGAAACAGUGUUAUACACACUGCUCAUAAAGAAGGAGAAGAAGAAGCAUCAUUGACUGCAGACCUUAUGAAAAAUUUGCAAUCGGCCGGCACUGUGUCUUUCUUUUAUGAGAGUGAACGAGGAUUGUUUCCUGACACAGAGUUUGUAUUUGACUUAGAAUUACCUCCUGAUUUUGUGCCUCGUAAUCAAGAUAACGAAGUAGAAAAAUUUGAAUUGGUGACUGCGAGUGUAAGAAACUGUGACAGAAAUUUAUCUCCAGACUUCAAGACUACUAGCUGCCCUGUAAUUAUUGAUUUUUUGAUCAGACAUGGAAUUAUUAAUCCAGAAAAUGAGCCACGUUUUCCAGAGUUGGUUGAAUUAUUACAUGUACCACUCCAGUCUCUUUAUAAAAAGUGUGACAACUUGUUGACUGAAAACGGCCUUUCAAAAGCCGAAUGA